GGGUGGGGAGGUGCCGGGGCGGGUGGUGGCUGGCCGGAGGUCACUCGGCGCGGGGGCGCAGCAUGGCCGCGGCUGUGGUGCUCGGGGGACCUGCGGGCUGGUGGCGCUGGCACAGGCGGGUGCGUGCCGCCCGCGCGGCGAUGGUGUGUUCUAGGGCAAUGGCUUCCAAAACCCCAGUUGGAUUCAUUGGGCUGGGUAACAUGGGAAAUCCAAUGGCAAAAAACCUGGUUAAACAUGGAUAUCCAGUUAUUGCAUAUGAUGUGUUCCCAGAAGCUUGCAAAGAAUUUCAAGACUUGGGUGCUCAGGUAAUGGAUUCCCCAGCAGAUGUAGCAGAAAGAGCAGACAGAAUUAUUACCAUGCUGCCUUCUAGUCCCAAUGCAAAAGAAGUUUACACAGGAGCAAAUGGAAUUCUAAAGAAAGUGAAGAAGGGCUCAUUGCUAAUAGAUUCCAGUACUAUAGACCCUGCUGUUUCAAAAGAAUUAGCCAAAGCAGUUGAAAAAAUGGGAGCUGUUUUCAUGGAUGCCCCAGUUUCUGGAGGUGUUGGAGCUGCUCGAGCUGGAAACCUUACUUUCAUGGUUGGUGGAGUAGAACAAGAAUUUGAUGCUGCCAAAGAGUUACUGACAUGCAUGGGUUCUAAUGUGGUCUACUGUGGAGACGUUGGAACUGGACAGGCUGCAAAGAUCUGCAACAACAUGCUCUUGGCCAUCAGUAUGAUUGGAACUGCUGAGGCUAUGAAUCUUGGAAUCAGAUUAGGCCUUGACCCAAAGCUGCUGGCCAAAAUCCUGAAUAUGAGCUCAGGUCGCUGUUGGUCAAGUGACACAUACAACCCUGUUCCUGGAGUGAUGGAAGGAGUACCAUCUGCUAAUAAUUAUCAAGGUGGCUUUGGAACAACGCUUAUGGCUAAGGAUCUUGGCUUGGCCCAGAUUUCUGCCACCAACACAAAGACACCAGUUCCUUUGGGAUCCCAGGCACAUCAGAUCUACAGAAUGAUGUGUGCAAAAGGCUAUGCCCUGAAAGACUUCUCAGCUGUGUUCCAGUUUUUACGUGAGGAGGAAACCUUGUGAGCUGUCCUUUGGAAAUGGGCACAAUAACAAACCACAUUUUUUUUAUCCUUAUAGUUCAUUUGAGAAGUAUGUGGGUUUAAUCAAGUACUGUGCAUCCUGAUCCCAUACAGACUAAUCUUUGGUUGUCUAGAUCACAAAGAACUCCAGGGUUUUUUCAUAGUUCUUGAAAAAGCAAGCCAGAGGAAGGAAGGGAUUGUUUGGCAAUUAGCCACACAGUGAUUUAUUUUAAGAGCCAUCAAAGUUUUUUUUUUUGACUAGAUGCAAUAAAUAAAUAUUUUUUUUAUGAAACACUUAACUGUUUGCAUAUAAAGUAACUUACAUUAUGGCUACAAACUUAGGUGAAUCUUCAAUAGUAAGACAAUGUUGUAUAGUGAUUUUAUGAUAUAUAUCAAUCUAUUAAAAUGAAAAAAGAAUACUUUAUGGAAAAAGGGAAAAUUUAUUCAAUGAAGAAACACAGCUUGAAAUUAAUUAUUUUUUUCCUUUGACCUACUAGCCUUGAAUUGGUUCAGUAGUGAAUUUUUCCUGGGAUUCAGGUUGCAGAUUAAGUUUAUAGGCAGGCAUUUCUACGUGGAGAGCUGUUACAGCAUGUUUACCUGAUAGACUUAGUUAAAAUAACAUAGAAUGUGUGUCCCUCUUGUAAAGCUCCAUUAUUGUAUUUUGCUAACUCAAUUUUGUAUUUUCUUGUAUUCUGUCACACAUUUUCAAAACUCAAGAACAGCACUUACCAGAAGUUCUAACAAACUGUACAUUUGUUUUAGGCAAUUACUAAAGUAUUUUAAAUCUAAACAAACCCCAUUAUUUUGAAAAGAAAUAAAAAUCUAUGCUGGUAAAUA